AUGCCUCGCUACACUUCCCCCGUGGACGGUGCACAACUGUACUAUCGCGACUACAAACCACUGGAAGCAACAGGCACCAAACCCGCCCUCAUCUUUCUUCAUGGAUGGCCAUAUUCUUCACUAGCAUGGGAAACUCUCACCGUGCAGUUAUGUGAGAAUCAUGGCUUCCGAUGCAUCGCCCCCGAUCGCCGUGGAUUCGGCAAAAGUGACUGGGAUGGCCCUCAAAGUGAUGCUCAGAUCACUUAUGAGACCUUUGCCCAGGAUACCGUGCACUUGCUGGAGAAAUUCCUCGAUGUUGGGUCUUUCGUGUUUAUUACUUCUAGUAUGGGUGCUGGAGAGAGUGUGCUGGCGCUUGAAGCGAGUGAUUAUCUUAGGAAGAAUUGCAAGGGACUCAUUUGGGUGGCCCCAGCACUUCCAGGUAAAUUACCAGGAGAAGACAAUCGAAGCACCGGGCCGAAGGUAGUCUGGGAUGACAUCUGCACUGGUUUCCAAAAAGCCCGAGCUGACUUUGUUCAUGCUGCCCUCCCUGGAGUCAUUGUGGGUACUUCAGGGCUCAGUGUAUCUCCUGAGGUAUUGAGGCAACAUGAGAGAAUUGUCGAAGACGCCGAUGGGCUGGCAAUCCAGCGCUGUGCUCAUAUUGUCCGCGAAGCUGAUUUCAACGAGAAACUCUUGCGACUGGGAGAAGACUCUCAGGUGCCUAUUCUUUGUGUCCAUGGGGACUCUGAUACAGGUGCCCCAUAUGAGAAGAGCACGAAGGUGGUCAAGGAGAUCAUCCCGCGAGUUCAGGUGGAACUGUAUGAGGAGGCGGCUCAUGCUCUUAAUGUCACCCAUGCUGAAAGAUUGCUCGGAGAUGUUCUGAAGUUUGUUAAGUCUUGA